CGGCUAAUGAGCAAAGCCCAACGAUGCAGGGUCCUGGAAAGGUCCUUUGAGCGACACGGAUCCCACCGUCUUGGGUCUGCUCAACGGUGCUAUUCUUUGGGAUCGCCACAUCCGUUCCCCUCCCAUGUUGCCAAGUCUUCUGGCUUUUGUCACACCUGGUUAAAUACCAUUCGGCUCCCCUGCCAUCAUUCGCCUCUUUUAAUUCCCUCAGACAAGCCAACAGCCUACAACACCAAUACAGAGAUACCACACCUCUUCAAUAUCAGUCUUCACCUAUCCGAACACCUCAGAUACCCAGCCAAGCAGUCCUAAGAGUAUCAGCCACCGAUCUCAUCUUCUGCUCUCCCAUCAAACCACUCCUCAACAGCUCUAUAUUUCAUCAACACUUUCGCAAUGGCCAUCCGCGAUCACUUCCGCCGCCGCAAGUCCAUCUCCGAGCCUAGCCAAGGAGAGCGUACCAGCUCAGACCCAAAGUCCCCGGCUCUCCGCCUCGCAAAGACAUUCGGAUGGCGCUUAGCAAAGGAGGAGAAGCCAAAGAAGAAGACCGCCAUCAAGGAGAGGGAGGCCGACCCGCGCGAGAGGCCCUUCAACGAGACCAACCUCAGACACCAGGAGAUUCUCAACGGCUUCACCAUGACGUUCGGGAAGGGCCAGCGCCAGAUGAGUCGCGAUGCGCGGUCAAGUUACUACAGCAUCAACGUCAGCCCUGGCACAUCACGCCACAACAGUGUGGACGUGGACGAUAGCCCGCUUCGGGUGAACCCUCUGCCUCGCGAGAGCCAGUUCCGGUCCGUUCCCGAGGAGGAUGAGAGGCCUUGAGGUUCUCGGCCCGAGAGCUUUCAGCUGCUCUCGUCUGACAUUCU